AUGAUACAAGUAAAAGGCAAAAGCCAGCGACGACAACUCGACGACAGCUCAACGACAAGCAACGACAACUCGUCGACAGCUCAACGACAACUCUACGACAGCUCAACGAUUAUACAGCAAAAAAUGCAAAAGCCAACGACGACAGCUCAACGACAAGCGACGACAACUCGACGACAGUUCAACGACAACUCGACGACAGCCCAACGAUUAUACAGCGAAAAUGCAAAAGUGAGUUGUGUUAACGAAAUAAUAGGCCAACGACGACAGCUCAACGACAAGCGACGACAACUCAACGACAAACGACGACAACUCGACGACAGCUCAACGAUUGCCAACGACGACAGCUCAACGACAAGCGACGACAGCUCAACGACAAGCGACGACAGCUCAACGACAAGCGGCGACAACUCGACGACAGCUCACCGAUUAUACAGCAAAAAUGCAAAAGCCAACGACGACAGCUCAACGACAAGCGACGACAACUCGACGACAGCUCAACGACAACUCAACGACAAGCGACUACAACUCAACGAUUGUACAGCAAAAAUGCAAAAGCCAACGACGACAGCUCGACGACAAGCGACGACAGCUCAACGACAACUCUACGACAAGCGACGACAGCUUAACGACAACUCGACGACAGCUCAACGAUUAUACAGCGAAAAUGCAAAAGCCAACGACGACAAGCGACGGCAGCUCAACGACAACUCGACUACAGCUCAACGAUAA